UUUGGCGUUGGAGGAGGGAAAGAAUGAGCUCUACAGAGACAACAACAAACAAGAAGUGUCACAACUCUGGAUGAGACCGCCUGGCACAGCUCACUCAGACCAGAGCCAGCAUGUCCACACGAGUGACUGCAGGUAUCAAAGCGAAGGGCUCUUGUGGGUCCAGAAAUGUGUUUUUUGGUGUCGCACCACAAAAGGGUCUUUGCAUGACUGCAGCAGGGACUGUGGUGCAUGGAAAGCUAGAAGGGGGGAAAAGAGUAGUGAAAGGGAUGCGGAGCCUUGAGGAGAUCCCUCACACAGGGAGGAAUGGAUGGCUCAACCUGUUGAAAUUCUGGAGAGAAAAUCGCUUCCAGCAGCUUCACAAGCACAUGGAGAGGACCUUCAACACGCUCGGCCCCAUCUACAGAGAAAAGCUGGGCACCCUAAGCAGCGUGAACAUCAUGCUGCCAUCUGACGUCAGUGAGCUCUUUAAGUCAGAGGGUCUGCACCCCCGACGGAUGACCCUGCAGCCCUGGGCGACACACCGGGAAAUACGCAACCACAGCAAGGGCGUCUUCCUCAAGAAUGGGGAAGAGUGGAGAGCUGACCGUCUGCAGCUGAACAAGGAGGUGAUGAUGAUUGCAGCAGUAAAACGCUUUCUCCCUCUCCUUGAUGAGGUGGCGAAGGAUUUCUGUCAAAUGCUGCAGACAAGAAUGGAAAAGGGGGGAAGAGGAGAGGAGGGAAAAUGCGUUCUUACCAUCGAUCCCAGUCCUGACCUUUUUCGUUUUGCACUGGAAGCUAGCUGCCACGUGCUCUACGGAGAGCGUAUUGGCCUCUUCUCCUCAUCCCCCUCCCUGGAAUCUCAGAAGUUCAUCUGGGCCGUGGAGCGAAUGCUAACAACCACUCCUCCUCUCCUCUAUCUGCCCCCUCGCUUACUGUUGCGCAUCGGUGCUCCCCUGUGGACCCAGCACGCCAUUGCUUGGGACCACAUCUUCAGUCAUGCGGAGGCGAGGAUCCAGAGGGGGUACCAGCGCUUGUCAACCUCCCUGGGUAGAGCAUCUCCGGCUGAGACUGCUGGAGGCCAGUACACUGGAGUUCUGGGGCAACUCAUGGAGAAAGGGCAGCUAUCUUUGGACCUCAUCAAAGCCAACAUGACUGAGCUGAUGGCUGGAGGGGUGGACACGACAGCAGUACCCCUGCAGUUUGCUCUGUUUGAGCUGGGACGCAACCCUGAGGUGCAGGAGAGCGUUAGGCAGCAGGUGAGGGCGUCGUGGGCACAGGCUGGUGGGGAUCCUCAGAAAGCCCUGCAGGGGGCACCACUUCUUAAAGGCACAAUCAAAGAGGUCCUCAGGUUGUACCCGGUGGGAAUUACAGUGCAGCGGUAUCCAGUCAGAGACAUCGUUCUCCAGAACUACCACAUACCUGCUGGGACUUUGGUCCAGGCCUGUAUUUACCCGAUGGGGAGAAGUGAAAAAGUGUUUGAGGAUCCACUGCGCUUUGACCCCAGCCGGUGGAGCAGAGAAGAGGGCCAAAGGGUGGAAGCCGCAGGGUUUCGCUCCCUGGCAUUUGGCUUCGGGGCGAGGCAAUGUGUCGGGAGGAGGAUUGCUGAGAACGAGAUGCAACUUUUACUCAUGCAUAUCCUGCUGAGCUUCCAUCUCAGCGUGCCGUCCUCAGAGGACCUCAACACCACAGUCACCUUCAUCCUCCAGCCCGAGACUCCGCCGAGGAUCACUUUCAGCAAGCUCUGACACACACACAUGUUUAGAGGAGAGUCAUGCUGUUACCAUUUGACAAGUUUAAUCACGUAGGGUUAGCGCGCUUUAAUAAUUUAUUUCCGAUUAUUCCUAAUAAAGAGCUUUUUAAGCGUCCUUACACACUUUGCAUUGGAAUGGAGAUAAAUAAAGAUGAAUUUUAUCCACUGUUGUUAUUGUUUUCGUCGUGACAAAGGCAGCCCACAGGUGCAGCAUUAACAUAUAUCCAUCAGGUGGCAGUAAAACUCACACCUGCCCAUUCAUUUACUUUUGUACCCUGCCCCUGUUCACCCAGCACUUGUUACCUGCUCGAGGAGAGAUCCGAGAGGUUCGUUACUUCUCUUCUAAACAUUGCAACUUCUCAUCAUAAUUAAAAUACGCUGUUUGGGCCAAGUAAAUGCUUAAUUCUGCUUAUCAUGGCUCGCUCCUGUAUCCACCUCUUAUGAUUGUUUCUCUUUGUUUUAUAGCUAAAAGAAAUCUUGCAGAUUAUUUCCGUCGCUGCGGCGGGUAUUGAUCGCUUUGUGUAUUCCUCUUUUUUUCUGCAACUCACGAUCAAGUUUAAAAAGAACUCAAUGCAGGAGCCACGUGGGGGGGGGGGGGAGUUUUGAUAGUAAUCCUACAGCAUUGUUCGGGUAUUCAGUUCAUAUUGCAAAUUUAAGUUGCACUUUGGUGCCAAUGCGUAAAAUCGACCUUUACUCCGUCUGAUAAUUACUGCAAGCGUAGCAUUAGUAGAUGUUACGGAGGUGUGUGCUUUGCACGUUAGAUGGCUGCAGGGUUAGAUUUUAAACAGUCAACUCAGGACCAAAGUCCUGUUUAUCCUUUGGCUAACGAUUUACACCCACCUGUCCACUCACCAGGGUCCACGCGUGGCCGCGCAUAGAGACAGCUCUGCAGAGCGAGGCUCCGCGCAGACGCAAAGUGCUCCUUAAGUACAAGCCACGUCGCCUCUACGUGUAACUAACCUCAUUUGUCAAAGUCUUACUCUUCAAGAACACCUCUUAUCAGUCCUACUGAUUUCUAAUAGCUGCUGUUGUGAAUAAACACUAUGAAGGAGGGAAUAACAUUUACAUCCAUUUAAGCAUGCGAGAAGCAAGAAGAGGCCCAAUAUCUACUCUGAGAGAUUUCUUUGCAAAAGCGUCGUGUGCUGAUAAUUAUUUAUUUAUGUUAUUGCUCCCAACAGAUCAGCUACAGGGAAUUAUUAAGAAAUAAAUUAGGAA